ACGCAAAGCUUAGGGUUAGCUUCUGAUUUACCUUGUUUAUGUUUGUUUUCUAAAUUUUAACGCCAAUCUCAUGGCAAUUAGAAUGAUUGUAGCAAAUUUUUUUCUUUCUUGAAUUGUUUGUUUAUAUUGAUUGCUCACUCAAUACAAGAAUAAGGAAGGAUUCAAUUGUAUAUCUCCCUCUACUUGCACAAUAAAACAACUGGGUUUGUAGAAUUUUUUUGUUCCAAGUCAGUACAAUGCCCAAAAAGAGUUCUUCCAAGCCAACCACACCAAAGCCAAAGGACCCAGUUGUUGUAGAGGAGAGAAAAAUCUCUUCCACCACUAAAAAACCUAGUAACGAGAUUGAUGAGAUAUUUGCUAGGAAGAAGAGGAAGAAACUUGAACGAGAAAAGGUCGAGAAACGGAAGGAAAAUGAGGCUGCUAAGCCAGAUAAGUUGAAGGAAAAGAAGAAGAAGAAGAAGAAGAAGGUGAAUAAAGAUUCUGAAGAGAGUGUGUUUGUGGACCCACCUUUGCAGCCGAGGAAGAGAACCAAUGAUGGACUCACUGUUUACACCGAAGAGGAGUUGGGAAUUGCGAAUACAGAUGCUGGAGCUAAAUGUCUUAAAGCAUAAAGCCAUAGCAUCUGAGGUAUCAAAGCUGGUUAUUUUGAUAUUUAUUUAAUUUUAAACACGUGUAUUUUUAUAUGUAUAUGCACUAGCGUAUGCCCGUGGCUAAAGGCAUGGUGUAAUUUUUUGAUUUCUAAUCAGCUGCUAGUAAUGUAGAAGGCAUCUUUUGAUUUCUAA